UCUCGUCCACAUCCCUCUUACAACAACAUCACACAUAUCACGGGCGACUCACACGACUUCAUGUCGACAGCCCCUACACUCUUCACCUCGCAAGACUACAUCAGUGACCACUUGUGGAAGGCCUCAGUGAACUAAAAGCUACUUCGAGCCCUUCGCAGGGGAUCCAAUCAAUUCAACAAUCCAACAACCACCAUGGCCACCGCUAUUCUAUCCCGAACCUUGAAGCCGUCUUUCAAGACCGCCUUCUCCAGGUCCACCAACCAGAUCCGAUGCAAUGCCACCGUCGCUCCCGGCAUGCCACGAGUGCCAGCGGCUGCUCCCUCCACUCGCUCGACCAAGCCAUCGUACGAGCGUGCCACUUUCACCAUUCGAGAUGGUCCGAUUUUCCACGGAAAGAGCUUCGGUGCGAGGACCAACAUCAGUGGCGAGGCUGUCUUCACGACCUCGCUCGUGGGAUACCCGGAGUCGAUGACCGACCCUUCAUACCGUGGACAAAUUCUCGUCUUCACUCAGCCUCUGAUCGGCAACUAUGGAGUGCCGUCCAAUGCCCGUGACGAGUACGGUUUGCUCAAAUACUUUGAGAGUCCAAACAUUCAGGCAUGUGCCAUUGUGGUGGCGGACGCCGCACUGCAGUACUCGCACUGGACUGCAGUCGAGAGCUUGUCGGAGUGGUGCGCUCGCGAGGGCGUGCCGGCGAUUACCGGAGUGGACACUCGUGCCAUUGUCACCCAUCUUCGUGAGGAGGGAUCCUCGCUUGGAAAGAUCACCAUUGGCGAGGAGUACGAUGCUGACGAGGACGAGGCCUACGAAGACCCAGCUAAUGUCAACCUGGUCCGCAAGGUGUCCACCAAGGCUCCCUUCCAUGUGCCGUCUCCCAAUGGCAAUGCUCACGUUGCCUUGAUCGACUGCGGUGUCAAGGAGAACAUCAUUCGCUCAAUCGUCAGCCGUGGCGCCAGUGUGACUUGCCUACCAUACGAUUAUCCAAUCCACAAGUCUGCCCACCACUUUGACGGUGUCUUCAUCUCCAACGGACCCGGAGAUCCCACCCACUGCCGAAGCACCAGUGACAACCUUCGCACGCUCAUGAACACCAGCCAGAUCCCAAUCAUGGGAAUCUGCCUCGGUCAUCAGCUGCUCGCGAUCGCAGCCGGAGCUGGCACGACCAAGAUGAAGUACGGCAACCGUGCCCACAACAUUCCCGCGCUGGACCUCAGCACUGGCAAGUGCCACAUCACCAGCCAGAACCACGGUUAUGCUGUUGAUGCCACAACCCUUCCCAACGACUUCAAGGAAUACUUCACGAACUUGAACGACGGCUCCAACGAGGGCAUGAUUCACAAGUCCCGCCCGAUCUUCAGCACACAGUUCCAUCCGGAGGCCAAGGGUGGUCCAUUGGACAGCAGCUACCUUUUCGAUGCGUACUUGGAGAGUGUGAAGAAGUACAAGGCCAGCCAGGACGUGCUCAAGGGCGGUGCCGACAGCAAGCCCAGCCCACUUCUGGUGGAUUUGCUGGCGAAGGAGAGAGUGGGUGUUGCUCCAGGGCAGAGCUGAAU